AUGAAGCUGUCUCUACCUUUCAUUGCGUUCUGCGCAACACCAGCCGUUGUUGGUCUUGCUCUCCCAAACGGCGCCUUCGAGAUCAAGGAGUACGAGCAUAAGGAUCACCAUCACCAUGAUCCCAACCUGGUCAAGCACCAUCACAAGCACCACGAUCAUAAGCACAAGCACCUUCAUCCCCAUGAGCAUGUCCACGUCACCAAGCACAAGCAUCCCGAAAAGCCUUGCCCUAUCCUCACUGAGGAGAAGACUUGCAAGCUCUUCCACUAUGCCACCAGGGACGUCGAGGAGCUCAUUCAUGCUGUGCAGACCUAUGAUUGUGGCAAUGAGGCGGAGUGUUGGCAUAAAAUUGUUUACGAGAUCUACAGCCUUGAGCAUGGGCUAGAUGCCUUUGACAAGUAUGUGGACAGCACCACACUUAAGAAGUGCUUGACCUGCGGAAACGACUCUCCUGUCGUUGGCUGCUUCCUUCACUAUGCGGAUGCUCUGAUCCGCCUCGUGAAGCUCCUGCGGCACCAGACCAAGAAUCUUGAUGGAGAGGUUGAACGGCCCAUCCUGACUGCCAUCAACAGUCUGCGUGUUUCCAACUAUGCCUUGGUCUAUGAGGUCGGUCGCCGUAUUGAGUGCAAGAAGAGCCUCAAGAUCAUCAUGUCCAAGCAGGGAGCCAACGAUGGCACCACCAAGGGCAGUAUCCAGGCGGCCUUUUCCAAGUUCCCCUACACUCCCCUGAUCACAGGCGAGGACUUUGAGGACAGAGUCGCGCUGGACAAGGGCGACGCCAAGGAGGACUCGGAGGGUGAUGGAGAGAAGAAGCACAAGAAGGUGCACAAGCACUACCACAACCAUCACCACGGACACAAGCAUGGGCACAAGCACGGCCACGGACAUGGCCAUCUCCACCAACAUGGACACAAACACGGACAUAAGCACGAGAACGAGCAUCACUACGAGCACAAGCACGAGUAUGACCAUCACCACGAUGAGGUUCGUGCCAACAAUCCGAGGUCCUAG